GGCACAUUUGACCGCAUCCUAAGUACGCGACUUAUACGACCCAUCGAUCACCCUUCUCCCUUCCUCAACGCAUUCGACGCAUCGCCAAGUAUCUCAUAAACCAGACCGCAACGCAUCCCACAUCUCGUAUCUCACAUUUCACAACACCUUCACAAAUGUCCAACCGCUCCCGCGCCCGCCAAUCUCUAGGCGGUGACAACACCGAAGAAGCGAGCAUCUGGUCCAACACCCUUCGCGAUCUUCGCCGUUUACCGGAUAUCCGUGCGAGAUCAGAGCGAUGCGCGAUGGAGGCGAACAAGGGGUGGGUACGCGUCGAGAAGGGCGGAGAAGGGAUGGCGGAGUAUGUUGAGGAGUUGGGGAGGACGUGUAAGGAUGGAGCUGAUGCGACGAGGUUGGAGCAGAGGACACUUGAAGAGGCGAGACAGAGUUUGGAGAUCUUGAUUGCGUUACGGCAGGCGACGGAAUCUGCCGGCGUCCAAGAGCUUAAGCGGAAGAAGAGGAAGGUCGAUGAAGUCGUUUCAUCGGACUCUCCUAUGUCGAAGAAGAAAGCAAAGAGUCAACCAGAAGCACAGAUUACUGUUGGAUCACAGGUCGCGUUCAAGCCGAAGGGUACUUCGGAUUGGAUUCAGUGUAAUGUUAUACGACUGUUGGGUGAAGGAUCAAAAGCGAAAGUCGAUGUUCAGGAUCCAGAGCCUGAUGACAAUAACACCCUACACACCUUCCGCACAACCGUCUCAAGCCUUAUUUUCGUGCCCCCAACCUCCGACGGCCUCGCACCCUUCCCGAACGGAACGAUGGUCCUUGCACGCUACCCUGAAACAACGACAUUCUAUAAAGCGGAGGUCACGGGGAUGAAGAGGGACGGGAGUUGUAAGUUGAAGUUUGAGGGGGAGGAGGAGGUUGGGAAGGAGACGGAGGUGGAGAGGAGGUUAGUUUUGGAGAUGCCGAAGGAGAAAUAGGGUUUGGGGUUAGAGAGUGGGGUUUUGGGAAAGGGAAUUGAUAUUGGAGUCUGGAGCUUUUGGGUGGUCC